AUGGAGAGUAAUGAGGCAACGAGGAAUCUAGAAGAUGAUUCUAAGGGCAGGGAUGGCAGGAGAGUGGGGUGGUAUGGGCUGUCCGCGCAAUCUCUACAGGAGAAUGGAGGAGAGGGGCGCCUAAGAAUUGAAAGGAAUAAUGAAGUGAUGAGUUCUAGAGACGGUAUGAAAGGAGGGGAUGAGAGAUGGAGCAAUGGACAGAAGGGCAAGGGAGGAACCUUCCCAACUGACUGGGAGAAAAGGACAGAAGAACACAAUAGAUGGGGAUCAAAGAAGCAUAUGAGAUUCACCAUGAUGGAUGGGAUGACUGAGAGAGGAAAUGGAUGUGGGAGUAAAGAAAUCGAAGGAAGGAGUAUAAGAGAAAGUAAGCAUUAUAGAAUGAAAUUAGAGAACAGAAGGGGGCCAACGGAGUGUGCGGGAAGGAGAAAUGAAAAUAGGAUAGAAAGGGCCUCAUGUUAUUUGCACGGCUCUGCGUUAGAAGAUAAGGAAGUCAAUAUUGUAAAGAUAGAAGACAUGUUGUGUAGUGAUAUAAUUGGAAGUAUUGUUGUUGAUGUCCCAGGGGAUGAAAUAGUUCCUAUACUUUGUUUUUUUGAGAGACAUGAAGGAUUGAGCGGCUUGAGGUUAUCGGGCUUUUCCUCAACGGCAGCAAAGGAGGGCAAGGAUGUAAGAUCACCUCCUCCUGGCAGAAAAGAAGAAGUAGAAGCUAGAGAGGGGCUUAUAGACAAAGAAGAAGGGAUAGAUGGUGGUAGCAGAAGAAAGAGAAGGAUAGAAGAUGAAAGGAGGAACAAUAAGGAGAAGAAGAUCUUCACCAAGAGCAAGGCUGAAGAUUGCGACAAAGAGCCUUCUCCUGUAGAGCUUAACGAUUGUAGAUAUAGAUACUUUCUGAAGAGAGUUUUUCCAACAAUGCAAAAGGAUGAUGAACGAGCUUUGAAGUACAUUGUUAGCCAGAGAGACAUGCUUUUGAACAGAACAAAAAGCAAUAGAGCGGAAAUUCCAGAGAUUUGUAGUGGACCUGUUAAGGCACCUAUGAACAUUAUUUCCUGCAUUCCAGAGGUUCCUGAAACCGGAUUUACCAAAGAGGAAGACAAGCUAGCUUCUGAGCUCAUCUACAAAUAUGGAAACAACUUCAAGAAGAUCCGGGAGCUUGCGCCACACCUAAGGACAGAGAAGUGUGUCCUGAAGUACUAUCUGAUGAAAGACAAAACCUAUUCAUAUAUGAAGCAUAAGUCUGGAAGGAUCUCUGACUCUGAGGUUAAGCUUAUAAUUGAAAGCACGUGGUCUGAGUACGAGAGGAAUGUGUUCAUCCAACACUUUAGGAUUUUUGGGAAAUCAUGGGCAAAGUACCAACCGUUGAUAAACAAGUCUGAAAGGGACCUAAAAAUGUUUUUUAGAUACUACACAAAGUUCAUCCUGCCGUCGAGUGAAAGCACUAGUACGACAGUGUCCAUGGCUCCAAGAAGAGUUUCGAUCAGUAAAGAGGAUGUGUUGAAGAAAUGGACGAUAGACGAAAGGCAGGUGUUUGCCAUAUAUUUUCCAUACUACAACAAGAAUUGGGUAUUGAUGGCAGCAUAUUUUCCAGCAAAAACGUCUGGGGAUCUGCGACAGUACUAUAACAGAUACUACAAAAGCCUCAGCUACAAUGAACAGAGGCUUGAAGCCAGCUUGUAUGAUUUCGGGCAAAGGGUUACAACGCCGCCAGUAAGACAUAUUGGGAAUGCCAGAGAAGAAGUUGUGUUCUGUGGAACGGCCGGGGUUCUGUUUAAGAAAUGA